AUGGGACACAACUGGUCCGUGGUCAAGCAAUUAUACCCGCCCAAGUCCAAGUUCAGCGUAGACCAGAUCCCCGACUUGACCGGAAAGGUCGUCAUCGUCACUGGGGGCUACGUCGGAAUCGGUUAUGAGACCGUCAGGGUUCUGCUCGCCCGAGGCGCAAAGGUCUACAUCGCGUCUCGCAACCUUGAGAAGGCCGAGAAAGCGAUCACCUCGCUCAAGUCUGAGACCGGAAACGAGCCACUCUUCAUCCAGCUCGAUCUCGCUGAUUUGCACUCGGUGAAGAACGCCGCGGAAGAGUACCUCCGCAAGGAAAACACCCUCGACAUCCUCUUCAACAACGCAGGCGUGAUGAUGUGCCCGAAGAGCAUGCUCGCCGCCCAAGGCGUCGACCUCCAGUUCGGAACCAACGUGCUCGGUCACUGGUACUUCACCGAGCUCCUCAUGCCUGCCCUUAUUGCUGCUGCCGAGACGUCGUCGGACCACCAUGCGCGCGUGAUAACCACAUCAUCGUCCGGCGCGUAUAGCGAUACGCUGCACUUCGACACGUUCAAGGACGGGCCCGCGCGCAAGAAGGUGUCGCCCAGGCAACUCUACUUCCAGAGUAAACACGGGAACGUCGUCAUUGCGCGCCAGGUUGCGAAGCGAUAUGCGGAAAAGGGAAUCAUCUCCAUCUCCUUGAAUCCAGGCAACAUCUCGACAGAUCUUCAGCGCCACACCAUGGGCGAUGUUUCGAAGAAGAUCGGGGAACUACUUAUACUCUACCCAACGCCAUACGGCGCGCUUACCCAGCUCUACGCUGGCACGAUGCCCGAGGCCGUCAAGCACAACGGCGAGUUCUUCAUCCCUUGGGCGCGGCCAGGGAAGUGCCGUCCGGAAGCAUACGAUGAUGGAAUUGGGGAGAAGCUGUGGACAUGGUGCGAGGAUACUGUCAAGGAGCUGACAUGA